AUGUUUCCAAAGUAUAAUCUGGCUGUCACUUGCUGGACAUGGAGAAGCAUGAAGAAGCUAUUUCUGUUACUUUCUCUCUUGCUGUCCCAUGUGGCUCAUUUGGAAGGCAAAAAGGAUAAUCAGUUCAUCUGGAAACCAGGUCCCUGGGGAAGGUGUACAGGAGACUGUGGGCCUGGAGGAGUGCAGAGCCGUGCAGUGUGGUGUUUUCACAUUGAAGGGUGGACAAGUCACUUGUCAAACUGUGAUGAGAACAGCCGGCCCCCAAAGGAGAGAAGCUGUUUCCGUGUCUGUGACUGGCACAGCGAACUCUUCCGAUGGGAGGUAUCUGAUUGGCACCACUGUGUGCUCGUCCCUUUUGUCCAAGGAGAAGUCAAGCCUCGGACUGCAGAGUGUGUGACAGCUCAGCACGGGCUGCAGCACCGGACAGUGCGCUGUCUUCAGAAGCUGAACGGAACCAUGGUUGCAAAUGAAAUUUGUGAACAUUUUGCCCCUCAGCCCCCCACAGAGCAAGCCUGCCUCAUUCCUUGCCCCCGGGAUUGUGUGGUAUCUGAGUUCUCACCGUGGUCCAAGUGUAGCAAGGGGUGUGGCAAGAAACUGCAGCACAGAACUCGUGUGGCCAUUGCUCCCCCACUGUAUGGUGGGCUGCAGUGUCCAAAUCUGACAGAGUCAAGAGUCUGUGAUGUUCCCACUUCCUGUCCUCUUGGAGAAGAGGAAUAUACCUAUAGCCUUAAAGUUGGACCAUGGAGUAAAUGUAGACUGCCUCAUCUUAAAGAAAUUAACCUCACGGGAAGAACUGCUGUGGAUUUUAGCUCUGAUUCAGAUGAGCAAAUCACCUACAGACAUCAGAGUUACAAAGCACAUCAUCACCAUUCUCAGCCCUGGGACAUAGAGAUAGGUUAUCAAACCCGACAAGUUUGGUGUACCAGGAGUGAUGGAAAAAAUGCUCUGAUGAGCCUUUGUACACAAGACUCCUUUCCUUUGACUGUUCAGUCCUGCAUCAUGCCGAAAGACUGCGAGACUACCGAGUGGUCGCCCUGGAGCCCCUGCUCCAAGACCUGCCGUUCAGGGACUCUCUCACCAGGAUUUAGGAGCAGGAGCCGAAACGUGAAGCACACCGCUCUCGGGGGUGGAAAGGAAUGCCCCGAACUUCUUGAGAAAGAAGCCUGCAUUGUUGAAGGAGAACUUCUGCAGCCCUGUCCCAGGUAUUCCUGGAGAACCUCUGAAUGGAAAGAAUGCCAAGUCCCUCUCCUCCCGGAGCAGCAGGACCCCCACUGGCCUGUGACAGGACCUGUUUGCGGCGGGGGCAUCCAGACGCGGGAGGUGUAUUGUGCCCAGAGCAUACCAGCAGCUGCUGCACAGAGGGCCAAGGAAGUCUCUAGACCAGUGGAAAAGACAUUAUGUUUGGGACCUGCCCCUUCAGUCUCUCAGCUCUGCAAUAUCCCUUGCUCUACGGACUGCAUAGUAUCUUCCUGGUCAGCCUGGGGCCUGUGCAUCCAUGAAAAUUGCCACAAUCCUCAGGGGAGAAAAGGAUUUAGAAUGAGGCAGCGCCACGUCCUCAUGGAAUCCACAGGCCCUGCGGGGCGCUGUCCUCAUUUGGUGGAAUCUGUCCCCUGUGAGGAUCCAGUGUGCUAUCGAUGGCUAGUGUCAGAAGGGAUCUGCAUCCCUGAUCAUGGAAAAUGUGGCCUGGGGCAUCGCAUUCUGAAGGCUGUCUGCCAGGAUUCCCAAGGAGAAGAUGUUCCAGGGAGUCUCUGCCCAGCACCCCCUCCUCCUGAGCGAAUGACCUGCAACAUUCCCUGCCGAAUGGACUGUGUGGUGAGUGAGUGGACAGUGUGGUCAUCCUGUUCCCAGUCUUGCUCAAAUAAAAACUCAGAUGGGAAACAGAUGAGGUCAAGAACCAUCCUGGCAUUGGCUGGAGAGGGUGGAAAACCAUGCCCUCCUAGUCAAGCCCUCCAAGAACAUCGUUUAUGUCAUGACCAUUCCUGUAUGCAACUUCACUGGGAGACAAUGCCCUGGGGCCCUUGUUCUGAAAACACAUUGGUAACUGCCCUGAAUGCAACCAUUGGCUGGAAUGGAGAAGCUACGUGUGGUGUGGGCAUUCAGAUGCGGAAGGUCUUCUGUGUCAAGAGUCAUGUUGGACAAGUGAUGAACAAAAGAUGCCCAGACUCUACUCGCCCUGAAACUGUGCGCCCCUGUUUUCUCCCAUGCAAAAAAGACUGUAUUGUGACUGCGUUCAGCGAGUGGACACCCUGCCCGAAGCUGUGCCAAUCAGGAAAUGCUACAAUAAAACAGUCUCGAUACAGAAUUAUCAUCCAAGAAGCAGCCAAUGGAGGCCAAGAGUGCCCAGAUACCUUGUUUGAAGAGAGAGAAUGUGAAGAUGUCUCUUUGUGCCCUAUAUAUCGAUGGAAGCCACAGAAAUGGAGCCCCUGCAUCUUAGUGCCGGCGUCUGUCAGACAGGGUAUAACAGGCACCAGUGAAGCGUGUGGAAAGGGGCUGCAAACAAGAGCUGUUUCAUGCAUCUCUGAUGAUAACCAGCCUGCAGAAAUGACAAAAUGCCUCAAGCAGACACAUGGCAUGCCUGCCCUUGUCCAAGAAUGUACCGUCCCGUGUCGAGAAGACUGCACGUUCACUGUUUGGUCCAAGUUUACACCCUGCUCCCUGAAUUGCGAAGCCACACAAAGUAGGCGUCGACAGCUCACAGGAAAAAGCAGAAAGAAGGAGAAAUGCCGGGAUGCUGAACUGUACCCGCUUGAGGAAACGGAACUCUGUCCUUGUGAUGUGUUUAUAUCCCAACCUCAUGGAAAUUGGUCAGAUUGCAUUCUUCCAGAAGCCAGAAUGGAGCCUCAGCGAGGACUGCGGGUACAAGGAGACAGCAAAGAAUGUGGGAAAGGUGUGCGCUUUCGAGCAGUAGUGUGCUCUGAUAAAAAUGGAAGACCUGUUGAUCCCUCCCACUGCAACAGCUCUGGUUAUAUUCAAGAAGAGUGUGUCGUUCCCUGCCCAUUUGAUUGCAAGUUAAGCGAUUGGUCUAGCUGGGGCUCCUGCAGUUCAUCCUGUGGGAUUGGAGUGAGAAUUCGAUCCAAAUGGCUGAAAGAGAAACCUUAUAAUGGAGGUCGACCAUGUCCUAGACUAGAUCUCAAGAAUCAGGUGCACGAGGCAGUCCCAUGUUACAGUGAGUGCAAUCAGUAUUCCUGGGUUGUAGAACACUGGUCUCCAUGCAAAAUCAACAGUGAGCUGAGAUCCCUGCGCUGUGGAGGAGGAACACAAUCUAGGAAAAUCAGGUGUGUGAAUACUGCAGAUACUGAAGGUGGGACAGUGGAUAGCAGCCUGUGCGAUCAGGAUGAAAUUCCCGCCGACACCCAGCCCUGUUCUCUCUUGUGUCCCAGUGAAUGCGUCAUGUCUGAGUGGGGGGCGUGGAGCAAGUGCCCAAAGUCAUGUGACCCCCACGCGACACAGAGAAGAACCCGUCAUCUGCUGAGACCCUCUCCGAAUUCAAGGACUUGUGCUGAAGACUCACAGGUCCAACCCUGCCUCCUUAAUGAGAAUUGCUUCCAGUUCCAGUACAAUCUAACAGAGUGGAGCACGUGCCAGCUGAGUGAAAACGCGACCUGCGGUCAAGGCGUCAGGACCCGCCUGCUAAGCUGUGUGCGCAGUGACGGCAAGACGGUGGACAUGGACCAGUGUGAGCAGCGUAAUUUGGAGAAGCCUCAAAGGAUGAGCCUUCCCUGCAUGGUGGAAUGUGUGGUUAACUGCCAGCUAACUGGGUGGACGGCUUGGACAGAGUGUUCACAGACCUGUGGCCAAGAAGGUCGAAUGAGCCGGACUCGAUUUAUCAUUAUGCCAACCCAAGGAGAAGGACGGCCAUGCCCCACAGAGCUUACCCAGCAGAAAGCCUGCCCAGUGACCCCCUGCUACAGCUGGGUCCUUGGCAACUGGUCUGCAUGCAAAUUGGAGGGUGGAGAUUGUGGGGAAGGAGUCCAGGUCCGUGGCUAUUCUUGCGUGGUCCACAAUGGUUCAGUCUCUCACAGGGCUACACGUGUAGAGGACGUGCUGUGUGGAGAAAUACCCUUUCAAACCAGCCUGCUGAAGCAGCUGUGUUCUGUGCCUUGCCCAGGAGACUGCCAUUUAACUGAAUGGUCAGAGUGGAGCAAGUGUGAAUUGGCCUGCAUCGAUGGAAGAAGCUUUGAGACUACAGGUCGCCAAACUAGGUCAAGGACUUUUAUAAUUCAGUCUUUGGAGAAUCAAGACAGCUGUCCCCAACAAGUUCUAGAAACACGCCCUUGUACAGGAGGCAAAUGCUAUCACUACACAUGGAAAACAAGUCUUUGGAACAAUAACGAACGAACUGUAUGGUGCCAGCGUUCGGAUGGCAUAAAUGUCACAGGAGGCUGCUCCCCGCAGGCGCGCCCUGCUGCUAUUCGGCAGUGUAUUCCAGCCUGCAGAAAACCUUUCUCCUACUGUACACAGGGUGGAGUCUGUGGUUGUGAGAAGGGCUAUACAGAGAUAAUGAGAUCAAAUGGUUUCUUGGAUUACUGUAUGAAAGUACCAGGCUCAGAGGAUAAAAAAGCUGAUGUGAAAAACCUUUCUGGGAGAAACAGACCUGUGAAUUCCAAAAUACAUGAUAUUUUUAAAGGAUGGUCUCUUCAGCCACUUGAUUCAGAUGGCCGAGUAAAAAUGUGGGUUUAUGGCGUUUCAGGUGGUGGUUUUCUUAUCAUGAUUUUCCUGGUAUUUACGUCCUAUCUUAUUUGCAAGAAGCCAAAACCACAUCAAAGCACACCUCCCCAACAGAAGCCUCUGACCUUAGCCUACGAUGGAGACUUAGACAUGUAA